CCGACCUAUUCGAGCAUGACCUAUCCGGCGCACGAGGUGACAUAUCGGUUUGCGCAGGCCGGUCCAUUCGGGAUGACGCUGGAGACGGAAGGGAAGAACCUCGCGGGGAGCUUGGGAUUGUGGCGAUAUCACAUCGGAGUGGGUAUGAACGUGUGGACGUUGCGGUCGUGGGUGACGACUGUGCGCCGGGGAGGAGAAGAUGGGCUGGUGGUCGCCGAGAUCGAAUCGGGGUCGGCGACAGUGGGUGCAACAAUCACGAUGGGGGAUACCAGCAGGAAAUCAAGAGAUGUAUUGUCGAGAACGCUAGGCGCGAAGAUGUACUACAUUGGCGACGGCACCGCAAUCCGGUGGAAUCUGGGAGAGACAAGAUGGGAGGCGUUCUUCGACUCUGUGGAGCUCGCGACGUUUGACUUGAGCCAUCCCCGAAGGCUGGUCAUGCAGCCGCUCGCGCACCGGUUCUUCGACCAUCUCGUGGUGGCGGUACUACUUUUGAUGCGGGAGAAGGAGGACGCAGCGUGCGCGCGAGCAGAUGCUGGGACGGUGCCUCUCUCGCCUCUAGGCUAA